AUGUACACCAGCCCAGCCAAGCGAGUUUUGGGAAGUGGAUUGUGUGGACUGAAGAAUAUGGGGAACACCUGCUACGUCAAUGGCAUAAUGCAAUGUUCGUUGUCAUUCCCUAUCGUUCUUGGAGGACUACAGCUGGUGCACUUGGACGAGUAUGCUAGUGUAACCCAUCCAUUGACAUGUGCCCUCAGAAUAUUUUUGGAAGAGCUGCAGCAUUCAUCUUCAUCAUACUCAUACGAUGUUUUUCUUGAAUGUCUCCAGAGCAACUGGCUGAGGUUCAAGCCUAAAACACAACAAGACCUGAUGGAGUUUUUUACAUUCCUCAUCAGUAGGGUUCAUGGCGAAAUACUUGAAAAACAUUUCACUGGUGACAAGAGAAGAAUUGAUCCUGAUGAUGUGGAUGUAAGCGUGCUUGAUAUUUGGAUGUCAUCCGAAAUGUCCAAGAUGACUUAUAUGUUUGGUUUACAAACAGUCCGUCUCAGCAUUUGUUCAGCCUGUGGUACUGAAAGUGGAAUAUGUGAUGCUCCGGAAAUGUUCUUGUCACUGGCUCUUCCAGAGGGCAAGACGACAUGCACAUUGCAGGAGUGCCUGGAGCUGUUCCGUACUGUAUCAUACAACACCUGCAGCACUUGUGGGGAGGACAGUGCAAGGAGUCAUCUUACAUUUGGAAGGCUACCUCCUAUUCUUGUGGUGCAUUUAGUCAGGUUUUCUGGAACUGAUAAUAAUAACUAUAUCAAAAAUACCUGCAAAGUGUCUUAUGACCAGACUAUUGACCUGAAAGAGUUUACCUUGAAGGACCUGCAAACUGACACAAAGUGGUAUCACUUUGAUGAUGCAUAUGUAAGUGCCUCAUCCACAAGACGUGCCUUACCUGAGACAGCAUAUAUUCUCUGGUAUCAGCAGAAAGUGGAGGUCAAAACCAACUCAACUUUACUAGAUUCUUUGUCUGAAUCUGUGUUGAGAUGCCAGUUUCCUCCAAAUCCUGUCCCUGCUGAUGCUUCUCCCAAGGGCAUGGAAGACGAAAGAAGUAGUAGUCCUCUUUCACCUGAAACUGCCUCUCCUCCACCAGUGCUGUCUAGUGACCUGGCUCCUCAAGCUAUGGAUGGAGAAGUUAAUAUACCAUUCUGUCCUAAGACUUCUCCACCAAGUCCAGCUGGUCAUGUCAGUCCCCCCCCUCCUGCUGAUUCUAUUACUGUACCUCAAGACAGGAGAGUGCCAAAACUUAUUAUUAAAUUCACUGCAUUAGUUUCCAAAGAUUCAGAAGAUAAUCAGUCAGAAAAAUACAUUGAGUGGUCCAAACCUGAAAGUACUUUUAUUCAACCUGCACCACCUAAACGACGAAAGAUUGGCCUUGAUGACGAAGACCCUCUAAUCAAAAAAGGUGAUAUACCAGGAGCCAAUCUUGACAUUAGCAAAAUCGGGGAUGCUAGAAGGCCUCAAUUGGAGAAGUGGCUGAAAACCCAUGGCCUGCCAAUUACUGGUAAAACGGAUGAAUUAAUUCAUAGGUAA